ACGUCGUAGUUGGUCACUCCAGUUCAGUCUCAUCCGAACAUCGGGCGCGGACGGUCGUGUGCGCCUAUUUCAAAUCCACAUGUCAUUUCAUCUCAUUUAAUUAAAAAAAAGUGCAAAAAUGGUUGAAAAAUCAGUCCCAUUCCACGAGCAUUCGGAAGACAAAUGUCCUGAUCAUCAGGCGCUUGGGAAGAUGUCAUCAUCAGUUCCAAUGUUGGAAGAGAAAGUUCCCAGGAUCCUGAUACGGGAGGACACAGUCCUGGCCGGAUUGAAGGGUUGCGCCGGGUGCGGAGGGGCCCAUUUCACUUGCGCUGGAGUCACGAAACAGUGGUCGGCGUUGUGCUGGGGGAGACGGAGCGAGAAGAAGUACUAUUGUUUGCUAGUGAGCCUGUCUGCGACGUUCGUAUUGAGCCUCAUCGGAACAGUGUUCUUCUGUUUCACAAAUACCCUCAACAAUGCAAUAUUAUCUAACAUGGUAAUAAGAAACAACUCGAUGGCCUUUUCCCUCUGGCGGGCUCCCACCGUGCAGCCCCUGAUGAAGGUCCACCUCUUCAACUACACCAACUGGGAGAGGGUCAGGGAUGGUUAUGAAAGGAAACUGCACGUGGAAGACGUUGGACCAUUUGUCUAUUCACAGAAAGUGGAGCGCGUGAACAUAAAGUUUGAAGACGACUGGCUAUCGUACCAGGAGCGGAACACGUUCCGGUACAGACCAGACAAGACGGAGGGAGCACAGUUUGACAAGGUGUUCGUACCUAACCUGCCACUCUUGGGGGUGGUGUCAAAAGUGAUAGAGAUGAACAUAAACUCCAUCGCCCAGGUGGCAUUAAACGGCGCAUUGUUUUACGCCAAUCACAAGGACGCCUUCAUCGAACUGCCAGUUCACAGGUUCCUGUGGGGUUAUGAUGACUCAAUCAUUAACACGGCGAAGACUUAUCUGAGUUUGCAAGGACAAUUGAAAUUUACAAAUUUUGGAUUGCUUGCCACUAAAAACGGCACCGUAGACGAGCAUUUCACGAUCAACACGGGGGACCGUGACAUGGACAGAAUGAACGUGAUCGAGAAACUGAACGGAGAAGAUCAUCUGACUUACUGGGGCAACCCGGAGUGCAACAGUAUCGAAGCAACCGACGGUUCGAUCUUCCCCCCCACCCUACUAGAUCGAAAGACGACUUUACACGUCUUCUUCCCUCAGCUCUGCCGACGACUGCCUUUCGUCUACGAAAAAGAUAUCGUGACUGCAGACGGAAUCCAACUGCUCCGCUACCGCAUGCCAAUGAACGUGUUCGAUGACCACAUCAGCAACCCAGCUAACCAGUGCUACUGCGAGAUCGACUCCGGCACGUGCCCUCCGAAGGGCGUCAUCAACGUCACUGCGUGUGCCAUGGGUGCACCCGCUUUGGCCUCUCAUCCGCACUUCUAUCUCGGUGACCCAGAACUGAUUGAGAACGUCACUGGAUUGAACCCGGACCCAGUGCUACACGAUUCUUAUGUGGAUAUACAUCCGACGUUGGGCAUAUCGCUUCAUGGCAGAUCCAGCAUGCAGAUAAACAUCCAGGUGAAGAAAACGCCUAUGUUCCCUGCUCUCAGCUUCCUUGAGGAAGGAACCAUCUUGCCAAUCGCGUGGAUCGAGAUGACUGUCGAGGAGAUACCAGAAUCCCUUCGUACCAUGAUCUACCACGGCACAUUCUCGACAGCCGCAGCCCAGCUCGCGCUCACAGUCAUCUGUAUCAUCGCCCUCGUCAUCUCCUCCAUCUGCCUGUCCAUCAUGAUCUUCAGGCGGAGACAGAAACCUUGCGUAACGUUGAAGAAAGUGCUUCCGACUGAAGCGGAGCUGAAGGGCUUGAAAUCAGUUUCGUGAAAUAUUGGGUGACUUUUUGUGCUUCAAUUGUUGCGCCGUGGGAUAAGUUCUAUGGACGUUUUUAUGAACUUAUUGGCGGUAAUAGAUUUAAAAUUAUACUAAAAGAGGAGUUCUCCGGGAAAGAGUGGAAUGUCCCGUCCAAAAUGCUGGAGGAAGUUUUCGAAUUUAUUUAAGACUCUAUUAAGUCAUGUUUAGCUUUUUUAUUUUAAUUAGCGGGUGAUUCUGUCUUUGAUUUUUAUCUAGACAAUCCUUCAUAAAAUAUCAUAAAGUGUGUGGUUACAUCUAGAAUUUAUUUAUCGUAUGGCAAUACAGUUACUGGAUUUAAAUUAAAUACCUAUUGUUCUAGAGAUUGAUUUGCACUCUUCAAAUACUCGAUGGCCCUUUCACUGAGGUUCGCGAGGUUUUCAAUCCGUCCCUUGAAUUUGGUGAAAGGGCAUUCUAGAACAAUGUGUUUGAUCGUCUGCUCAGGGUCACCACACACGUACUGAAGGGAGUCUCAUCAGCCCCAUAAAUGCUAUUCUAGAAGCAUUCACAUAUAGAAGCAUUUGUUGGAUAGUUUAUGAAAAAUUUCGUUUUGGAAAAUCACCAGUUUUUACUCUAAGAAGAUAUUUUUCAUUUUUUUAAAAGUAUAUUUAAAUAAUAAUAUCAUUUACGUCGUUUAAUAUAUCGGUUUAGAAAUAUAAAUGUUAUAGCACCUUAGAUGUAUAAAUGAGUGUAAGAUGAUGUACAAAGUGGCCGACACUAAGGGUUGCCAUACGGAAAAAUGGAAUAUCCUGUCAUUUCCUGGCCGGUCAUUCAAUCAAUCAAUCAAACAUUGAUUCAGCAAAUAGGCCACAUGGGCACUUUUACAUGUCAAUUUUUUACAAGCAAUAAAAAUAACAAAAUACAAUUACAAAUAUGGAAUCAAUGAAAUAUCAGAUACUUUAUUAGAGAUGUAUACAGUCUCUAAAUGUCGAAUUACAGAAAAAACUCUAUGAUAAAAAAAUACAAACAACAAAUACUAAAGACAAAUAAUACUCUGAGAUAAUAAAAAAAAUCAUUAAAUUAUCCUUAGAGAUGUAAAGGAUCUCCAAGAUUUGAAUUCUUAUAUAAAUAUUUAAAAGAUAAGAAAUUAAAUCAGACAAACAGACAAGAACCGAAUGAAAUGUCUCACGUUAAUGCCACCCAGAAGUAAAGUUACAUACUUAUAACAUAACAUGUAGCCCGUGUAAGCUUAAACAGACCGGUCUCCCACAAACAGCAUACACAAGUAUAACGCGUAUCGUAUCUCAGCCAUUUCCCCAACAUCCCAAAAGCGCUCAUUAAAUCCCUUAUACACAAAACCUUUCGUCGGCCACUAGCCCUUCAACUCGCCGCCAUACCUUCCCUUUCCUUUACCAAAGGCCAAACUUUUAUCUAUCUUCUAUUAGUUUCCUUACCAAACCUCCUAAAAACCCUGAUACUCAUCAAGACCCCUCAUAAUCCCGACACAGGACCAACAAUCUUGACAUGUCAUGGAAAAACCUGACAUAUGGCAACCCUACCAAAACUGGGCGGCUACCGGGAAAAUCGAAAUUCGUCAAUUGCGGGCAUUUUUCUCUGUCACUCUAAUUACGUCUUAGUGAGAGUAAAAGAGAAAGAUCCCCGCAAUUUGCGAAUUUCGGUUUUCGCGGUAGGCCCCCUGGAACCAAAAAUACGUCACCAAUAUGGUUGUGGUGUUGUUUCGCUCUUAUGGAGCCUUGUCUGCAUUUAUAUGUUAUGUACUGUCAAAUGUCAAAAUAUGAUUGCAUAUAUUUUACUCAAAAACAUGUCUUUGCCCACAUAAGAGCUAUCUAUGGGACAUUUUUUGAGUAAGAUGUGUGCACUCAUAUUUUUACACUUCAAAGUAACGUGUCAAAGCAUGUGUUAUUAGUUUUAAUGUACGUUAAUUAGUACCUAGGGAAACAAUUAUUUACCUUGUAUGUGUCCCCUUUAUUUUUCUUUUUUUAAAGUGAUCGGUAAUUUCGUUUCAUUUUUAUGGCAACAUUUUUAUAUUAUUUUAUUAAAAGGAAGUGGUAUUUCUUUUCCAUUAGAAUUUUUUCUUAAUGUUCUUUUCAUUCUUUAAUUGGCUAUCUUAAAAUUGCUUGUUGGUAUUUAUUAAAUUAAACUACUUACGCUGUAUAAUGAAACUAGAUCAUUGAUUUACCCGUGUCUACAAAUGUCACCGGAAAUCGCGAGCGAUUUGCAAAAUAGGUACCUACUUACAUUGCUGCGUUUGAUCGAUCAAUUCGUUGAUCCUACUUAGCCAGCAAUUAUCUAAAAUCGCAUGCGAUUUGUUUCAACGUUAGUAAAAGCCUUAAUAACACCAUUUUUCAUUGAUUUACAAUCUGCCAUAAUUUUAAGUUUUGUAAAUAUUGUAUUUUGUAUAUUCACCUAAACAUGUUUGUGGGGUUAUUUGUUUAUUUUUAAGUAGGUUAAAGACAUCUAUGGAAAAACAGACUUCGUUGCAUUGCAUCGCAUUUUGUUGAUCCUUUGUCCGUCAAUGACGUCAUCUGACGCGUGGGGCUUCAGUCCAAUAUCAACCUUUGUGUAUUCCGACAAGGUUCACGAUGACGCGCCGAACACGAUUGAUAGGCGUGGCGUUCAAACAUUGAAAUUCAAAGGACGGGCCUUACUGGCAAUAAGAAUGGGGCCAGUACAGCGGUGUCACGCACACCAAUUCGAGCCAAUCGUGUAGUUUAACGCCGCAACGCGAUAGGUUGAUGAGUUCGCAUCAUGCACGCGAUGGGUGCAACUAGUUGCGUUAGACUGCACGAUUGGCUCGAAUUGGUGAGUGAGACCGCUGAACUAGCACUAUUUUUUUAUACUACGUCGGUGGCAAACAAGCAUACGGCCCGCCCGAUGGCAAGCAGUCAACACAACACUAUGGGAUGCCUCCCUGUCACACUUACGUACAAAUGUACAAGUGCGACAGAGAGGCAACACGUCGAACGUGGUUCACUGUAGGCCCUCUGGGGGCCUACCGUGAAAACCGAAAUUCGCAAAUUGCGGGGAUCCUUCUCUUUUACUCUCACUAAGACGUAAUUAGAGUGACAGAGAAAAAUGCAUGCAAUUGACGAAUUACGAUUUUCCCGGUAGCCGCCCUGUUGUCAUUGCAAGAAACGUAUCGAAUAAUCGAGUCAUGAAUACAUGUUUGUUGACAAAUCCUUUUUUUAGUUAGGUGUAGCUUUUGUAAAUAAUAGAUACAAUACAAUUUUGACUAAGUAAUAAUUUAUGCAUAAGCUGAUUGUUCAUAGUUUUAAGUUACAAUUACAAGCAGUCCCAUAGCCGACGGCUGUAAGAAGCGAGUAACGAUGACUAUUCUUUUUUUACAUUUAUUUAGAGACGAUUCAUUAUGUUCAACGAUUAAUAUAUGCAUCUCUUUUAUUUAUGGCAUCUUCAAACGUCACUGCAUGUGAUUUGCAAUAUGUUUGCAAUACAUUACGGCAUUUGGUGGAUCGACUGAAUUCGUUGUUCCCUACUUGGGCAGCAACACUCGAUUAUAAGAUGGCGAUGGUUUAAUUAUAUCUAUGUAUUUAGAAUUACAUACUUUUUAAAGCCAAUUUUUAUUUAUUUAAGACGGUAGAGACACUAUGAUUAUUUUCAUUGAAAGUGAGAACAAUGUCCAAUGAAAAUAGAAAUACAUAGAAAAGCUCUCAAAUAUUACUAACUAUACUUUAUUGACCGUAUAAAAUGAGAACAUUUUACUUUCCAUUCUUUUCGCUAGAUGCCGCUACGCGUGUAUUUACUCUCCUAUUUUGUAUGUGAAUUUGUUAUGAUAUGAAUAUAAUGUUUUUAAAAUUCCAAAUUGUACUUAGACUAAGAGUAGAAAUUCCAAGGUUAGGGUAUACGUAAUUUUAUAUAAGAUCUGAUAUUUCUAAGAUAGCUCAAGAUGUAAAUAUUAAAUAUCUCUACCGUCAUGUAAAAACGGCCUGUUUAUUUUUAUUCUUCUGUCAAACAUUUGCGCUGAAAAUCCAUGUAACCAUUAUUGAAUUCAGAAUCUAAGAUCUGUAAAUGAUCUUAUUAAGGCCCAAUGUACACUGUUUCAAUGGAAUUUGAACCUUUCGUAAAGAUUUUUUUUCAUAAUUUCAACAAAAAGAAAUUAAACUGAUUCCGAGUAGGUCUUAUUAUAACAAGAUUCAAAGUUACCUAGCAAAUAUUGUGUAUGGUGGCUGUUAUUAAGAAUAUUUUAUAAGGUUUAUUUCCAGAUGUUACCACUAAGUAACAGCUGGCACAUUUUUCUUACCCGUUACCACUGGGAACAGUUAAGGAAAAAUCCCAGUGAUUACAACCAUAAGGUUUUUAAUUUUUUUUUAUGUUAACUUGUUGGUAAGUGGAAUAACCAAGGAACGCGCACCUGUUGGCUUUUUUUGAAUUUUGAAUCUACUAUGUCAAAAGCAGGUAUUUGGUAUAUAGUUAGGGUCGAAAUUUCAACGCAUUUUCUAAGUAUAUUGGGCGUUUCACGGGCCAGAACAUAACAUGUACUUAAAAAAAUAAUGAACAUCGAUGUGAUACGAGUAUGCGGACCAUGUUUUUAACGAUAAAUAAAAAAAUAUCAAAUUA